AUUAUUCAAAUCUGCAUGCAAAGGUUCAGUGACUACAAACUUUGAACACAACUAAUCUAUGAUAUAAGUUCUUUUUCUUUGAAAUUUAGCGAAACUUUGGCGAACAGUCAGGCGCAGAGAAAUGUUUGCGGUACAGAUGAACAACAGGGCUUGUCUCUUUGUUAUUUUGCUGCUCAGUAUUUUAAGCGAAGGUACGUAAGUUAACUGUUUAAUAAAAUAUUUAGAGCCGAAUAUGUUUAAAGAAAGGAAAAAAGGGCAAAAUUAACUGUCUCGUGGAUCUUCUCUCACAGACUUGAAGUGAUGAAUACAUGUAAGCUUAUUUUAUAUUCCGAGCAAACGUCCUUCGAGUACAGGAGUUAAAUGCGCAGUUCACACGCAAUUGAUAGAUGCGCCAUUUUGAAAUAAUUCGUCCGUGCCAACGAUUCUACGACUCUUCGCGCAAAGAUUCUAAAUUUUGCCGAAGGUUACUGACCUGAUCCAUUGACAGGAGAUGAAAAACUGUCAAACCUGUAUAAACAAACAAAGAUAUGUUUCAAGCACAAAAAAUUAAUUUAAUGAAUGACCUUCGUCGUUCAUAUCAAGCUGUCGUUUAGAAAUUUCCUGUAGAGUUUCGAAAAUGUAGGUGUUUUCAUUGUUUUUGUUUUUCUACGAAAGGCUAUGCAAAUCUAUGCAAACAAUCGAACAUCACUACUCCCAAAUGUUCAACAUGCGUGUUGCUCUUAAUUUAAAUUCCUUUAGGAGUUUUGUCCCGAAACCUUGCCGAAAAUUAGAAUCCAACAACAAUGUUACGAAACAUUUGAUUUGAUAGAGAAAUUACUGAAAUUUAAAAGUCAAGACGAGAUUGCAGGAUUCCUACACAAGCUGCUUGAUAACUUUUAAGGGAAAUCACUCGUGUUAGAAACUCAAAUGAGUUAUAUUUCAGUCAUAUGUCAUGGUAAUACGACUGAGUGGAGUCCAACUCGGUCUGUUAUCAUACGAGUGAUGACAAAAAUCGAACGACCGCGCCGCUAGAGUCCAAUUUGUUUAUCACGAGUAUGAUUAAAGACCGAAUUGGACGACUUAUUACCAUUUAAUCAUAAAGAUUACAAUUUCCGAGAAAAGAAGAAUUGCCAAGUAAUGAAAGAAAGGGAAUAUUUGCAUUAAAGGACUGACAAAAAAAGGCGUAAACGUACACUGUUUCUAUGGUGAUUGAACCAAGGUUGUGAUUUGUUGAUUUAAACUACAACUUUGAAUUUGAUUGGCUUAUUGAACUUCCGAAAACAAACUGUUCAAUAGUAACUUGGUGGGUGACUUAGAGGAAAAUAAGAGCUUUUUUAGACCAAUUACAAUCGAGGAAAUCGUAAUUUUUAUGAUUAAUACUAAAAUACUGCAUUGUGCUGCAUUGUGCAAUGAAUCAUGUCGACUCAAAAUAUGUAUAUGUUUCUUUCAGGCGCAGCAGACUGCACCGAUUCAAUAAUAUGCUGUAACAAACUAAACGAAAUACGUAAGUUUACCAUUACAUCUAAUUAUAUCGAUUGCUCGGAGGUAUAUUUCCCACAAACUCUUAACCGACUACCAUAAUCUGGUGGUCUUCCGUGUCUUUUAAAACACUUUACGGUGACCAAUUUAUGUUAUCAACUGAGUUGACAAUACUAAAUUACCCUUCUAUGUCAAUACGCAUGCUCACAGUCUACUCAGUGCCAUAGAAAUUACACCAAGCAUUGCAUGGUAGGUUUCAGGUCGAUAGAUAAAUGAAGUAAACAUGGUAUUUGUCUCCUGUUUAAGAAUAGGCCUACCAUUUUGCUCAUUAUCUCAAACUGAUAAAUGAAUGAAGUAGUGAAAAGGUAAAACAAAGAAUUGCAUGUCGUUACAUGAUUAAAUUUAUAUAUGGCAGUAUUUUUACAUCACAAAAAUGAAGGUUAGCUUAACGUACAUAUGCCAUCUGCCUAUUAAUAAAGUCAUUUACUCCCACUCUAAAAACAGUUUGAAGGAUAAAGUCAUUUAACAUUUCAGUCCAAUCGAGGUUAGCUUAACUUACAUGUGCCAUUUACCUAUUAAUAAAGGUUUUAUAAACUCCGGCUCCAAGAAAAGUUUGAAGGAUAAAAUGAUCCAACAUUUCGGUUCACUAAAGAGGAAAUCAUAGAGCUGUAUAGGCUAUUGUGGCUUUUGUGGCCGCUUUUUGCGAGCAACAAUUAGCUCCUUAAGGCUUGUAAAUUACGUACUGACCAAAGCAAUACGUAACCCAGGCCAAAUUCGUCAGGCAGCCUGGGAGUACAUUCCGUGAAACGCAACUUUACAGCUACGUUGAUGGGUUUAACGACCACACCUCCAUUGACGCCGACGAACACAGGAAAAAACUUCGUGUAGAAUUGCGAGGCACAUGUAGCAGCUCCAGUGUACUAUAACGUUUUGCAAUUUGACAUUGAUAGUAAAUUGAAUGUUAUUCUUCCCUUUCAGUGAUCAUUGCUGGUGUCAUAGCAGUUUGCUUCUUCUUUUUCAUCCAGUGCAUUGUCAUUGUAUGUCUGGCUAGUAAGCUGAGCAAGGUCCAGAAAAGGUAAUUAGUUUUCAAUUAAUAAAACAUGUCAAAAGCUUUAACCUAAAACUUGUUUUUCCUGUUAAAAGAAGAUGAUUGAACUCAGUCUGAUCAUAUAUGAACAUAAAGAAAUGUAAUAGAUACCUGUGAUUUAUUCCCCCUUGCAACCGCUUUUUGAGUAUAUUUAAUAUAAUCUCAGUCAACAUGACAGAAGACACUGGGGACGUUUGUGCCACACCGAAUGUUAUCCAUUCAUUGGUUUCAGGUUGAUAAAAACUGUCACUCAUUACACAUUUUUCACACAGAGGAUUCUCAGCCAUGAUCAUCUAAGUGAGGUUUGCCUAACAAGGAUCUUUUAUCACCAACCUAUCACUUCUGCUUGUUUACAUUUCAUUGAAGAGCGAGUAGUUCAAGUCAUGUGGAUGUUUCUUUUCAGGUUGGACGUAAUGAGUUUGUCCAGAGGAUCACAUAAAUUGGGCAGCUCUUAUCCAGUAUUACCGUACCACGAGAAUGCGCUGGAAGAAAAAGAGGAGCCGAAUGGGGUAAAAUGUUAUACAGUAUAGAUAUCCAACAUGUUGAUCCCUUCAUCAAUUUAAAUUCUACAUCAAGUUAAACAGUUUCAUUCUUAGCAUGAGAGGGAAGAUGAAAGGAACCAUCAACCCUCUCCCCCUCCCCCUCCCCCUCCCCACCUUUUCGUCCUUCAGUUCCUUCUCUCGUUACGAUAACCAAGGCGACAUCUUGUUCUUCAAUUGCCGUAACCAAAAGAAAAUAUUAUCUCUCGCUAUUACUUCUUUCCUAAGGGAUUAAGGGAUUAGUCAUUGCUUGUAUCCAGUGGGGGGGGAGCCAGGGACAAGGAUUUUGUGGACAGAUCAUAUGGUUUUUAGAGGAAAUGAAGGAGGGAUCGGUCAUCGCCCAAAGUAUAAAGAGAGAGGAGGGGGGGGGGGGGGGGGGGGGAGGGGGGAGGGGCUAUAGGAAAUUGAUUGCAAAUUAACUGCCAGUCAGGGGGGAUCAUAAGAAUAUUACAGAGCCUUAUAUGUGUAUCAGGUAAAUUUUAUCCUGACUCAACCAAAAUCUCGCAGCGCGCCCCCCCCCCCCCUCCCCCCCGACCAUCCACCCCUUGGAGAUGGGUGGGGAAUCCCUUAUACGAAUACAGUCUGGUAUCAUAUUAUCCGCAAUUUAUUAGUAAUAAUGACUCAUUACAGAAUCCUCGCGCUCGUCGUAUCUCUGGAGCUGUUCCAUCCGUUGGCGGACCUAUCAGAGCCAAUCCAAUUACCAUUUUUGACAACCCACAAAGCAAAGACCAGGAGAUUUGGUAAGUUUCCACAAAGUGAAUCGCGUUACACAGCGAAAAAACGAGAAGAAACGCUACUACAUAUAUUAAAACUGAACAAAAACUACCAAGCCUGCUAUGUUACUAAUUUAAAACACCAAGUAACCGAAAUAUCAUGGGUAAAAUAAAUAAUGCAUUAGUAAUCAUUGGAAUGUCACACAUACUAGUCGCUAGUUAUCGUUGUAAAAACUAUAUGCAACUCUUGUUUAACCCAAUAUCUUAAGGGAGAGGUCGAUGUGAUAAGACUAGCCUUUACGUCCAUUUGCCAUUUUCGCGGCCAAGCGAUAUUACACAAACAAGCAAGAUGUUUACAGAUUCUUGAAAAGUUGUGUAAACUUAGGCCUAGGCCUAAUCAGUAAAGGGUGGGGAAUUCUCCAUCAUUUUCUUCUUCGUUAUUAGGGAACAACUGAUAUUCAAUAGAUAUUUAGAUGGUGAAAUGUUUAGCGACUACCAGAACCUUCGUUUUGGGGAUUUAACUUAAGUCUUUAUUAGCCUUUUUUUAAUGGGUGUGAAGGAGUGAACCUUUCCUAACAGAAUAAAUUAUGAAGGGAAAUAGCUCUUGAAGAGACAGCGAAAGUCUAAAAAAAUUACAGUCACCCAGUCUCUAUGCCAUUUCGUUUCCAAUAAUAAUAAUAAUAGUCUACCAUCUUUUAUCUCUACAGGGGCUUGUACUAAUUUAGGUGCUGGGCACCGGGAACCGAUUCAGAAUUUCCUAGGAUUCUAGCAUAGUUGUAGUUACAAUAACUCCUGGGCGGUCAUUUAAGCUUAUCAUAGAUCAAGAAACAUAAUUUCUUGUUAAUUUAGAUUUUCAAGUAAUAAAAUAUAUUUUUAAUUUUUUAGCUCGAUGCAUUUGCCCUUAUCGAAUAAACUGUAGCAUCUCAGAUAAUUAGGAAAGCGUUUUCGUUUAGCUUUCGGCCUAUUUUCGAUUACACUACGCACGUUCGUUCUUCGGUGGAAGCACUAAACACUUGUUUUGCUAUACGAUUUUAAAAAAACACUUUAUCGUAGGUUAGCCGUCAUCGCUUUUUUGGCGGCAUACAGUUCUUUUUUUCGGAUAGUAAAUUGAAUGUUAUUCUUCCCUGGCUGGUACCGAUAUCAGCGUUGACGAGGAAGCUCAAAAAUCAGUGAUUGACACUAUCGGUUCUAAAAGAUAAAACUGAUUGGAAACUCAGAGUGGCCAUAUGCUGUUAUGUCAUCAUAUAGGUAUCGGUCAAAUUACAGGUAGCCCUAGCUUGCAAAAUAAGCCCCCGUAAAUAUGAAAAUAUCAGUCUAUAAAUAAAAGGCAAAACGGACCUAAAUCAAUCUAGAAACUCACUCGAUGCAAAGACCACUUAAGCUAGAUAGCUUUGUAUUUAUUCAAAACUAGUUCAGCUUUUUUUGGUCGAAAACACGACUUUUUAUUCUCAUCUUCAUACUUUGGCCACUGCGCAAAUUCACGGCGGUUCGUGUUGCAAGUAUGGACUAGCUACCUGUAAUCAAAUAUUUAAACUAGAAAUCAUUUGAAUACACAUAUUCCGCACAAGACGUUCACCUGAUGGAACAACGAAUGUGCUAAACUUCAGUUUUUCCUCUGCACAAAAGUAAUGCAUUUAUAUUAACACUGCUUUAAAAAAUGUCGAGAAAAAAAGAUGAAUUCAACUUCGGCAAUAUUGCUUAAGGGUAAAAGCCCUAUAAACACAAGGAAUAUCAUGCAGAUGAAGCCUAUCACCAAAACGACGCGGAUGUCUUCAGUGGUAUGCUUACUACGCGCGGGGAAAAUUUUACGUUUGAAUAAUGAGAUAUCCGAAUGUCAUAAACAUUUAUCAUGAUGUCGUGAGUUUCAAAGUGCGAGCAAGCGCAAGUGACAGGGAUGAAACUGCAGAAAUACUGUGGAUGCUCUAAAAAGCAACCCUCAAUCUAUUAUGUCUCAAGAAAACACCAACUGUCUAAAUUGUAACAAGCAUGCAGGGAAUCAGUUUAUUUUAAGCCAAACGAGAGAGUCUCAGGUUGAACUGCAAACAUUGUCGUUGACAACAAAAUGGAGUAUAAUUCUGUGAAUGU